GAAGGGGGAGAAAACUCUAAUCACACCUUAUCACAACAACAACAACAACAACAAUGUCAAUACACAGACAGGCAUUUCAACGCUUACAUAGGGCCUACCCAUCCCUGAAUUUGAUGAUCCAUGUAAACAAUGACAGGACAGGUGUACAAGUCGUCUUGCCUGGUCUGCGAUAUGAUGAUAUUGACCACACAGGUCAACCAAACAUAGUAAAAGUGUUUGACAUCAUGAGUCAUGUGGAGACAGCAGCGUUCGGCUACGAUCCAUCGUUUCUAGACUACCUCGCCAUCCGACAACAAAACCUUAGAAUCUUUGUCAAGGCCCUUGUUAUGGAAAUUGACAGCAGUUUCUACGAAACCACGACUCCAAAAGCUCCUCUGGAUACCCGUGUGCAGCUGCAUGACGUUGGAAAUCGGACAUUUACGACUCUAAACGAAAUAUACUGUGGCGGCAAGUUGAGACCGUCAAUUCGAUCGAGGAGUGUGUACGCGAUCGUUAACAAAAACACCAGUAUUAUUGAACCAUUACCCGAUUGGUGGAAAAAUCGUUUCGAGGGGCACAUAGUGUCGAAGCCAAAGAAACUUUUAGUGGAAGCUGUUAAGAAAUGCGCUCCAAUACAUAAGAACACGUUUAUUGUUCCUUUGGGGGAUACAGACCACAAUGAGCGCACAAGAUGUGCCUCGUAUCUGCGCUACUUCACGGAAAACACCAGCAUUGCCUCGCGAUUGGCGCUGCUCAAGCAUCUCAAGUCCUCCUUCUACGAGUUUCAUAUCAAGCGUCUGUCCAUGCUGUAUUAUGGGCCAACGAGUUGGGGGGAUCAGCUGACCUCUGAGACUUGGCAAGGGGACAAUCCCUUGCAAAUCAUGUGCGAGAUUAGCAAGGAGGGCGUUCCCACGUGGUUUGGAAUCAUGGAAUUGCAUGAGAAUGUUUUCGGUCUUCCCGAAUUGAAAACUAAGUAAAAUGUUCACAGCUUUUCGAACUGAAAACAGAAUAAAGACUUAACAAUUGAAAACUUAGCAACAUGUUAACAAAUAUCCAAUUCUUAAAACAAAAAAAAGAUGGUAAGUACUUUCCAAACAUUAAAACCUAACAAAAAUAUGCAUGGCUAACAAUAAAGUUAUGUCAUUGAAAAUUCUGUUCAUUUGCGUGAUGCAGUAUACGCUACCCUGUGAUUUAUAUGUCCACAAAAACCACCAGCAGCAACAUAAUUCAGGGAUAGUAGCAUUCUUAGUUGUUUAUUGCUGAUUAUAUCAUGUGCAUGUCAAUCAUUUGAGCUGCAUUCUAAGAAAACUGGACUUAAUGCAUGAGCAUAAAGUGUCGUCCCAGAUUGGCCUGUGCAAAUUGGGGAAACACUUUCUGACUACACUUGAUUUUUGGUAUAAAGAGUAUUCAUUUAAAAUAAAAAUAGCUUAAAAAGCAGAAUAUUUAAGCUUUUUUAUGGGAAAACUGGGCAUCAAUAUUCAUAGCAACACAAUUCUGACUCGCUAUUCUUAUACAUAAUAUAGGGUAGCCAUAAUGAAAUAUAUGAGCCUGUGUCUGGGAAACGGAACUUAACCCUUUCAGUGCGGGAACCGAAUUUUUUAAGGCCUUUGCAAACAGUUUGAAUCUAGAUGAGACGCCACAGAACGUGGCGUCUCAUCAGGAUCCAAACUGUUUGCUAUUCUGAUAGUAUUCUUUGAAAAAAAAUCGAAGAAAAUGCUAAUUUUAGAAAUUCAGCAGACGACAUUUUAGCAGACGACAAAUUUCCCAGCAUGCAAAGGGUUAAGCUAGGAAGACACUUUGCGUUCAUGCAUUAAGCACUGUUUUCCCUGAGUGACGCUCAUAUAUUGUCAGUGUGGAUUUUGACAAUGGUAUGAACAUUAGCAGGCAAAAGGUGACAAUACAAGUUAAAUUAUUGAGUACUUUUUUUACAAGGGGUGUUAGAAUCCAUGACUGACUCUUAUAACAUGGGUAUUUUUUUCUUUUUAACCUGUUAAAUGUUAUUGCAUAAUUACCAUUUUACUUGUGUGAUGUGAAUGUGUGCAAAUAUUGUAAAUUAUUGGAAGGUAAUUAUAUUUUUUUAAAUCUGUAUACAUUUCAAUAGCAACUUGCGAGUUAUUUGAUACUUAGUUACUAAAACAAUAUAAUCAGGAAGGAAGUUUGACUUAUAAUUGUGUCCAAAUGUGUUGUCCAUGGAUAAGUUUUCUUUUUUCCGUAUCACUUUAGUUAAUUAACAUGUUUUUUUAUAGAGAUUGUAUCUGAAAAUUUGAAUGUUUAACAUUAACCAAAUACUUCAUAGUGUUGAUUUUAAGAUUGUGUUUUUUGCAAAGCUAAAUUGUGUUUCCUUUGUUGUUUGCAGAAUGAAAAAAUGGGCAUUACAUGUAUUUGUUGAAUGUAUUUAACUAUGUAUAUAUUUGAUAAUACAAUAUUGUAAAUGAAAUUGAUACAAGGUGUCAUUUUACAAAUUUAUAAUGUAAUGAUAUUCUUGUAUAGCCUUCUUUCCUAUCUAUUCAUCCAACCCUAUAAUUUUGGCCACCCCAUUAUUUUGGUAAUUAUGACAUAUUUCUGAUAAAACUGAAGUGAGUUGUGCUUAUUUAAAAAAAAUCUAUAACAUAGAUGUUGUAUUUUGGUUAAAAACAUGUGAAUUUUUGAUUGUUAUAGGGAAAAAUUAAUUUAAGGUAAACAUUAACAAAAAUCAGCUACACACGCUGUGUAAAUACCAAUAAUUCUGAAAAUAUUAACUUUUAAACAGUAUUUUUUUGUGUAUUAGUCAAUAAGAAUAUUUAUUUAAUGAUUUAUAUCCAAAUAACUUCAAAAGUUUUAUGUUUUCCUAUAAAAAUGAUGACUGAACAGAUUAAUAGGAAAGAUACCAACACAUCAGGGUUGCUAGGGUGCCCACUUAGAAUAGGCCUGUUACUAAGGAAAUACCUCCGUUGUAAAUUAUUUUGCCAUUCUUUUGUGGGGAAGAUAUAAAAUGUAUAAUUAAAUGUCUCACUUAUGCUGAAAAUCUUUUCAUUCAGUAGAAAAAGUCAAUUUCGCUCUUAAGUGGCCGAAUAUACAGGAAAAGAGGAUAUGUAGAUUGUAAUAAUGCAAUUUGUGAUAAUGGUGUAUUUGGUGCAUUUUGGUGUUUUGAUGAACAUUUUUUAUGUUCAAUGUCAACAGACAGGCAUUGAAAAGACCAUGUUUAAGUUCAUUUGCCAGGAAUUCAAUUUGUUUUUAUUGACUUCCAGUAUUUAACCCUUACAAUGCGGGAACCGAAUUUUUAAGGCCGUUGCAAACAGUUUGGAUCCAGAUGAGACGCCACAGAACGUGGCGUCUCAUCAGGAUCCAAACUGUUUGCUAUUCUGAUAAUAUUCUUUGAAAAACAUCGAAGAAAAUGCGAACUUUAUAAAUUCAGCAGACAACAUUUUAGCAGACGACAAAUUUCCCAGCAUGCAUAGGGUUAAUACUAUAAGCAUGUAAAUUCUAAUCUGACCUUCAUGCAGGAAUAAUAGUAAGUUCAUUGCGAUGAAAAUUUUUAUUCUUAGUGAUUUUUUUGGACACGCCUCAAUGAAAGACUACCUCAUGGAAAAUAAUGUCAUGUCAUUGUUUAACAUGUUAAAGGACAAAAGUUUGUUUAAAUCGGCUUAACCACAUCCAUAAGAUUUUCUACAAUUAAUGUCCAAGCUAUAUGAAAGACAAUUUUGUCAAAUGUACAGAUGUCCAUCAGUAUGGGAAUAGAUCCCGAUUUAAUUUUUAUGUACCUCAAGUUGAUGGCUUUACUAGUUCUUCAUUUUACUACAAUGGUAUUACGGAUUGGAAUGCAUUACCCGAUAAUAUAAAGUCCAUCGAAUCGAAAUUUACUUUAAAGAAACUUGUUAAGACACAUCUAUUAAAUGAUAUGAAGGUAGACGAGAAUUCCAUGUAUUUUUACUUUUAGAUUUGUUUUAUUUUUAUGUAAUUCAUUAUUUUUAUGUUUUUUAUUCGUGUCAGUGUAUUAUCAUGUCAACUUUUGAAAGAUUCACUUAAUUCGUAGAAGAAAUCAUGUGUAGGAUCAUGUCGAUUAUAUAUUAAGAACUGAAAAACAAUAUAUUUAUAGUCACGUAUAAGAUCUGUUCGACUAAAUCCAGGGACCCCGUUGGAAAUAAGCUUUUUCAUGUUUAUAUGUCUAAGCUUUACGGGUUAUCCUGUGUAUACAUCAUGUCGUAAUCUUAUUUGGAUCUGUGAUAAAUGGCACCAUUCAUGUAAUGCAUGUUUCUGAAUAUGAUAAUAAUGCAAUCUAUACGUUACUUAUUGCCUUGAUUGCAUUGAAUUGUAAAUUGCUUGACAUGUAUGCACAAAUAAAACAAACAAACAAAAAAAAAAUAUCGGAAGUAAUUUGAGAGCCAAUAAUUUAGGCCUAUAGUAUUGAGUGAAAUUUUGCCAGCUUUACUACAAUAUAAAACAUAGUUCAGUACUAUAUCUUUUGAAAUAAAUUUGUGUACCUCUUGUCACCAAGAAUAGUGAAAAUACCAUGCAUUUCUGUCUGUAGAUUUAAGUAUAUAUGAUGGAGAUUUAGUAUACUUUUCAAUUUACAACAUUCAAACUUAAAACCAUUGUUCCUUAUGAUAUGAAAAUGGGUUGUAUGCUAUUUAUACCAGCCAGCAUAGCUCCAGCCCAGCCUAUGCAUCCACACAGUCUCAUCAGGUCAAGCUAAACUGUUCGCUUUAAGUCAAGCUUUGCUUCCUGGUCUCAUUCGUGGCCAGGGUAGCUCCUGUGUAGACUGUGUAAAUGUGCACAUGACAUAAGACCCAUUUGUGCAUGACGAUUGUCAUAUUAAUUUUGUCCAAACUGUUAUUAUGCCCCCCUUCGAAGAAGAGGGGGUAUAUUGUUAUGCACAUGUCGGUCGGUCAGUCCGUCGGUCCGUCCUUCCACCAAAUGGUUUCCGGAUAAUAACUCAAGAACGCUUACACCUAGGAUCAUGAAACUUCAUUGGUACAUUUAUCAUGACUUGAAGAUGACCCCUAUUGAUUUUCAGGUCACUAGGUCAAAGAUCACGGUGACUCGACACAGUAAAAUGGUUUCCUGAUGAUAACUCAAAAACACUUACGCCUAGGAUCAUGAAACUUCAUAGGUACAUUGAUCAUGACUCGCAGAUGACCCCUAUUGAUUUUCAGGUCACUAGGUCAAAGGUCACGGUGACUCGAACCAGUAAAAUGGUUUCCGGAUGAUAACUCAAGAACGCUUACACCUAGGAUCAUGAAACUCCAUAAGUACAAUGAUCAUGACUCGCAGAUGACCCCUAUUGAUUUUCAGGUAACUAGGUCAAAGGUCAAGGUCACGGUGACUCGAACCACUUAAAUGGUUAUCGGAUGAUAACUCAAGAAUGCCUAGGCCUAGGAUCAUGAAACGUCAUAGGUACAUUGAUCAUGACUCGCAGAUGACCCCUAUUGCUUUUCAGGUCACUAGGUCAAGGUCAAGGUCACCGUGACUCGACACAGUAAAAUGGUUUCCGGAUGAUAACUCAAGAAAGCUUACGCCAAGGUGAAUAUGUCCCGAAAUUAGACAGUGAAAACCAAGAUUUGGUCAGGGAAAAGUCAGUGAAUUUUAUUUCAUCAGGUUGGUGGCAACCCUGAUAAACUACAUAGCAACUUCAUAUUUGGCUUACUGGGGGGCAAAGUGUUUCUCAAAGAAAUCUUGUUAAUAAUUGUGCUACGUUAAGAAAUGUUAUUUGCAUUAAAAAACGUCCAUUACUUUACGGUGAGUAUUUCAACCUGCUCAAUAUUACGACAGGCGGUGUCAACGUAGGGGGUUGAUCUUCGUUGCUACUCCACUGUGACAAGCUCUAGUUUUGUCGUCUGUCACAUUAUGUAGCUCCAGCCAUGAUGAUGUUGUGAUGCCUGAAUGUAUGUGUCACGUUCUGAGAAAACUGGGCAUAAUGCCUGUGCGAAAAGUGUUGUCCCAGAUUAGCCUGUGCAGUCCGCACAGGCUAAUCAGGGACGACACUUUCCGCCUUAACUAGAUUUUUGCUAAGAAGAGACUUUCUUUAAACAGGAAAUAUCAUAAAAGCGGAAAGCGUCAUCCCUGAUUAGCCUGUGCACAGGCUAAUCUGGUACAACACUUUAUGCACAUGCAUUAUGCCCAGUUUUCUCAGAACAAGGCACAUAUGAAUUUUAUAUUUCCCUGACAUUACCCAUUUCAAUUACAGUUAUAAUUUCUUACAAUACAGUUAAGCCUUUACCACUCAGAUACAUAUUUUAAUGUAGUUCCUUAGAAAGUUAAAUUUAAUUUGAUACCUUUUUUACAAAUGUUUACACAUUUGUAGUUCCUUAGAAAGUUAAAUUUAAUUAAAUACCUAUUUUACUAGAUUAAAGUUUUCAAGGCUUCAUUUCCAACCAUAAGAUACUGAUGAGCAGCAAACAGCAUAUAACCUGAACAGACUCAGAGUUACUCGCAGGCUGUUCAUGUUUUAUGCUGUUUGCACAUAGCCAUUUCACUUUGCUUCUGAGUGGGAAAGGGUUAAUUCAGUGUGCUGUGGUAAAUAAAUAGAAUAAUGAUACCAAUUGUAAUUACAAUCAGUGUUUUUAUAUUCUGAUUAUAAAUCUCAGAAUCUUUUGUGAAUUAUUUAUGUGCACAAUGAGCAAUGAAAAUUACAUGUAUUGCUAUCAUGGUAAGGCUGGCCACGCUGUAUUACACCUAAAUUUACCUCGAAUUAGCCAAGUUUAACAAUUAUUAACAAAUAUAUUAAAUUGUGGUGUUUUUUGCAUUUAAAUAUGUUUAUGAAAUGACUAGUUUUGUGUGUGUGUUGUGUUGGUUGUAUUAUUUGUUUAGCAUUCAAUAUGUACUAGUGCUGAAAGUUCAAACAAAAUAAACAUAAAAACUUU